GAGUCUGCAACUCCCCGCUCCCUCGCACCUCACAGUCGGGAACAGAGGUACGGAAUGGACACGGAAGGGAGCCAAAGCAGCCUGUCCUCUGCGGACUCCCCGCACGACCCUUGCAAAAUGUUCAUCGGGGGUCUCAGUUGGCAGACAACACAAGAGGGACUGAAGGAAUACUUUUGUAAAUUCGGAGAGGUGAAGGAGUGUAUGGUGAUGCGGGAUCCGGUUACGAAGAGAUCGAGGGGAUUUGGGUUUGUCACAUAUGUUGACCAAACCGGCGUGGAUAAAGUUUUGGCGCAGAACAGACAUGAACUGGACUCGAAAACAAUUGACCCAAAGGUGGCAUUCCCACGUCGAGCUCAGCCCAAGAUGGUCACCAGGACAAAGAAGAUAUUUGUUGGCGGUCUCUCCGUUAACACCACCAUCGAGGACGUGAAGCAGUAUUUCGACCAGUUUGGGAAGGUCGAUGAUGCCAUGCUCAUGUUUGACAAAACCACCAACAGACACAGAGGCUUUGGGUUUGUCACUUUUGAAAAUGAAGAUGUGGUGGAGAAGGUGUGUGAGAUCCACUUCCAUGAGAUCAACAACAAAAUGGUCGAGUGUAAGAAGGCCCAGCCGAAGGAAGUGAUGUCACCGACGGGUUCGGCUAGAGGGCGCUCCCGGGUGAUGCCCUACGGCAUGGAUGCAUUCAUGCUGGGUAUUGGCAUGCUGGGCUACCCAGGCUUCCAGACAGCCACCUAUGCUAGUCGUAGCUACGCUGGCCUCACACCUGGAUACACCUACCAGUUCCCUGAAUUCCAUUUAGAGAGGACCCCCCUCCUGACAUCAUCCCACCCCCCUGAACUCACAGCCAUUCCACUGACAGCAUACGGACCAAUGGCAGCCGCAGCAGCUGCAGCUGCAGUGGUCAGAGGCUCGACGCCCUCACGCGCUGGGUUCCUGGGCACCAGCAGCCCUGGACCAAUGGCUGACCUGUAUGCAGCGGCCAAUCAGGAUUCAGGAGUGAGCAGCUACAUCAGUGCAGCCAGCCCUGCCCCAAACUCAGGGUUUGGGCACGGACUUGGGGGUCCUCUGAUAGCAACGGCCUUUACUAACGGCUACCACUGAGAGCCCUCAUGGCUGCACCCAACGUGGAGGGUGAAGGGGGGCGGUUCAUCCUGCUGGUGAGCCAACCAAACUGCUGUGUUCCUCCUGAUGGUGCAAUCUGAUUGGCUACUGCAGGUGUCCCCUGAUUUCCACCCCACUUGACUGAAGAUCUGUUUUUUUUUUUUUAAAAAAUGUUCUUCCUCCCUCUCAUUUCCUGUCUUCUGUACUAACAUCACUUCCUUCAUCUGAUCCCUUGUUUUUAUCCUGAUCUUUACCUUUAUCUAAACUGCUAUGUAGGCUUUCUCAAUGGCUCAGCCGCCAUGCGCUGUCCUUUCAGAUGAAAAACAGGAAAAAAAAAAAAAAAAAAAAAAAAAAAAAAAAAAAAAAAAACAGAGGAAGGUUUGGGGUUGUACUUGAGGAAAACAUGAGGAGUCUUUUAUGUUUUGUUAUUUUGGAUUUGUUUGUUUCUUUUUUUGAGGAGUUUUAAUUUAAUUGCUAUAUUACAAUGUCUUAUUUGAAUGUUUUUUGUUGACUAUGUACUUUUGUGUUUUAUUUUUCAACACAAACAUGCUGUGUAGAUGGAGGAAGAGCUAAAAAAGAGAAAGAUUCAUGUGAGGAUACAAGAGGUGUUGGUGUCAUCCUCUCCUCCUUAGAACUCCUAACAAAAUUUUAACACAAGAACAAACAUAUGACAGGCAAAUUCACUUUUCUUUUUCUUUUAUUUUU